AUGCCAUCCACCCGAAAUAACAGAAUAGACGAAGGUCUAUCCAAACUUAUCGAAUACAUUCUACCCGAACUCGAAGAUGAAGAUGAAGAUGAAGACCUUAAAGCAAAUGCCCUUGAGCUGGCUCAGGGCAUGAUUGAUAGUCAUGUAGCUCCCGCCUAUGCAGACGAUCCAGCUCAUAUCGCAAACAUCAUAAAGAACAAAUGUAUAUACACCCACCCUCCCGCAUCCAAACAAGCCCUGGCUAAAAAGGGCAAACUCCUCCUAUUAGCAGUAAUCCGAGACAACCGUACAUCCGACAAAGCCCUCCGAUUCCACAACCUUUACUCCCGACUUUUGACAUUACCGUUGAUAAAGCAGAAGGGUGCUAUUCUCCAUUUAUUACACGAACUAUCUGAGGAGUCGGAAAGGAAUAUAGCGAGUAGGGCGUCGGAAAGACCAUCUUCUAGCAGGGUUGAGUCUAGAGCACCAUCAAGAGCUGAAACAGAGACUACGAGGAGGCCGUCGAAAGCCACGACUAUAAGGGAUGAUGAUUUCGAUGCCUCUGUGCCGCCAAAGCCGUUUUUGGCACCGGAGCGGGGAGAUGGGAAGACUGGUGAACUAACAAAGGCAGCUUUGCUAGCUAAUAACAAUCCGCCACUAGAUCCCUCUGAAGUUGUUCUCCUUAAGGAUAUGCCCUUUACCCUCCAAGGCGUAUCCUCCAAAAUACUCACCUUCUCGCCAGAAAACACUCUAAAACUGCCCCCAAACCUUCCAAUACCUAUAAUCUCGCUCCUCCACACCCUCGCGGAGCCCGCAUUACUCUACCGCUCUCUCUCAGCUUUCGUCGAAGAAUCCGACGCAAUAGAAGAUAAAGGCGGCCUAGUCGGCCAGAGCUUAAGCGCAGCGAUAGGAAACGAACUAAAAGCCUACCUAAGCCUAGUAGCCGGCCUCGAGGGUGAAAUCCGACGUGCAACCUCAACACUAGCAGAAGACGACCCGCACGGUCUUGCGGUCCGAAAAGUCGGCGUAACUCUUCGAAGAUGCAUGAUAUGGACUAGAGAAGCAACAAUGGGUCUCCGUCUCAUGGCCGCCAUAGUGGGCGAAUCAAAGGGGAAAAGAGGCGGCCAAUUGAUCUCCAUAAUCCACGGCUUCUCAACCUCCCAUGGCGAUCCAUUUGUCUUCAACUUUGCGAAACGAUUGUUAACGUCCGUCACACGACCGUUCUACGAUCUCCUCAGAAGAUGGGUUUAUGACGGUGAACUCACAGACCCUUAUCUUGAGUUCUUCGUAAUAGAACAAUCCGAAGAAGCAAUCAUGGAAGCAAGUGAAGAACGCCGUGGCCACGCCUCCAGCGUCUGGCAGGAUAAAUACAAACUCGACAACGAAAUGGUCCCCACGAUCAUGACCCCAGAAUUCGCAAACAAAGUCUUCCUCAUCGGCAAAAGUUUAAACUUCAUCCGUUACGGCUGCGAAGAUUCCGAAUGGGUUGAAAAAUAUUCAAAAACGACAAGUAAAGCAUUAAGUCACGAUGACUACGCCUCAUUAGAACAAAACAUCGACGAAGCUUACAAAACAACAAUGGAGAGGUUAAUGCACCUCAUGAACACGAAGUUCAACUUAUUCGAACACCUCUGCGCACUCAAAAAGUUCUUGUUAUUGGGACAAGGUGAUUUCAUCGCUUUAUUGAUGGAAUCCUUAUCUUCGAAUUUGGAUAGACCGGCGAAUACACUGUACAGACAUAAUCUUACUGCACAGCUCGAACACGCAAUUCGCGGCUCAAACGCCCAAUUCGAAUCCCAAGAAGUCCUCCGCCGUCUAGACGCCCGAAUGUUAGAAUUAAGCCACGGAGAAAUCGGAUGGGACGUAUUCACCCUCGAAUACAAAAUCGACCCACCGGUCGACGUGGUAGUAACACCCUACGGCAGUCGAGAAUACCUCAAAGUCUUCAACUUCCUAUGGAGGAUCAAACGUGUGGAAUUUGCGUUAGGUAGCGCAUGGAAGAAGUAUAUGACAGGAGCUAGAGGGGUACUAGCCAGUGUUGCAGAUAAAGUUGGAAACGACUGGAAAGUAGCACGGUGUUGUAUUGCCGAGAUGAUACAUUUUGUAGCUCAGCUACAAUAUUACAUUCUCUUCCAGGUUAUCGAACCUUCAUGGGAGAAGUUGAAGGGUACAAUGGAGAAACAAGGGGUGACGCUCGACGAUCUUAUCGAUGCGCAUAAAGUAUAUCUUAAUAGCAUUACAAGAAAGGGACUUCUUGGGGGUGGUACGGCGAAUUCGAAGUCCAGACAACCCGAGACCUCAUUUUUGGCGCAGUUACAUGAGAUUUUGAAGAAUAUGUUGGCUUAUAAGGAUGCUAUGGAUGGGUUAUACAGUUGCUCCGUGGCGGAAUUUACAAGACGACAAGCUACCUCCGCGCUAAUCGACGCCAGAACCGCAGCCGGGAAAUGGGGUGUUACGGAAGCCGAUAAACGCUCCCUCAGACAUAGGAAAGUCGAUAUGAUGAUCUCUGAUAGCGACAGUGAUUCGGAUUCUGACUCUGAUGACGGUGAUUUACCGGGUGUAAGACAGAGGUUGAAGACUUUGACUAUAGAGUUCCAAGCGAGGACUGCAGUUUUAUUGGGCGAUUUGGCGAAUCAGUCAGAUAUGGAUAUGAGGUUUUUGGGGGUUAUGUUUUCGUUUAAUGACUUUUAUGUGGUGAAGAAGGGGAAAGGGAAGACGGUUGUGGAGAGGAGGUCUGCGCAGAAGGGAGAUGAGACGCCAGCUUGA